AGGCCGAGCCGAGUCGUUCGCUGAACGGAUCAAACCCAAAACAAGCGUUGUAAUUUAACCUUGUCGCUGCUCAACAAGCGCCACCAUUAAACGGAAUUCACCCUCAAUAACAUAACCUGAGCAUGGAGGAUCAGAAGUUGUAGGGUCUUUGUGGCUUGAGGUGUGGGAGCGAGGCUGCUCCCUGAUUCCCCCGGCGGUCCCCUGCCUCCCGCCCUCCUGGACGGCCCCGAAAUGACCACAGGGGAGUGUUGCCACCUCCCAGGCUCCCUGUGUGACUGCACUGGCAACGCUGCCCUGUCAAAAACCGUGGAGGAGGCUGACAACCGCCGGGCCCAGUAUGUCACCCAGGUCACGGCCAAAGAUGGACGCUUACUAUCUACUGUUAUCAAAGCCCUGGGCACCCAGAGUGAUCGGCCGAUUUGUCGAAUCUGUCACGAGGGUCAAGACGUGUGCAACAGCGAGGGUCUCCUGUCCCCGUGCGACUGCACAGGCACGCUGGGCACGGUCCACAAGAGCUGCCUGGAGAAGUGGCUUUCCUCCUCAAACACCAGCUACUGUGAGCUGUGCCACACGGAGUUUACCAUUGAGCGCCGGCCUCGACCCCUCACAGAGUGGCUCAGGGACCCAGGCCCUCGGAACGAGAAGCGCACCCUCUUCUGUGACAUGGUGUGCUUUCUGUUUAUAACACCCCUGGCAGCCAUUUCAGGCUGGCUGUGUCUACGGGGCGCACAAGACCACCUGCACUUCAACAGUCGUCUGGAGGCGGUUGGACUCAUCGCUCUGACCAUCGCACUCUUCACCAUCUACGUCCUCUGGACUCUGGUCUCAUUCCGCUACCACUGUCAGUUGUACUCAGAAUGGAGACGAACCAAUCAGAAAGUCCGCUUGCUCAUUCCCGACACCAAGGGUGCGCACUCAACCCAGCAUUCCUUGCUUUCCACAAAGCUGCUGAAAAAGACAGCAGACGAGACCAUAGUAUGAGAGACGUGGUGCGGGGGAACGAGGAACCAGAUCGCGGUGGUAUUAGCGUGCUAUAGGUUCUUGACGCAGCGUCGUCAAUUCGAGCCGCUGCACUUUUGGAUGCAUUCUUUUCUAUUUAAUCCUUUUUAUCUAAAUAUGUGAGCACUUCAUUUGAUUUUCACCCGUCAAUUUUAUUGUUUUCUUUUUGAGCCUUUAUAAGUGUGUUGUUUGAAGAAUCCAUUUAUUUAUCCGGGGGCUCCAACAGCCAGGCUGAGGCCCCCCACCAUACCAUUCAGUAUGCAUUGUAUUUGAAACAAUCGGAAAUCUAACUUAUGUGUAUAGACGAUUCCUUUGAGCACAGCGCCGAGGGAUUGCGACUCAAGUACAUAUACGGCUGCUGAAGCUUAAAACCAAACCUUUCUUUCGUUUUCGAUGUAUCGUUUUUCUACUCAUCUACCUUCAAGUACUUUCCAUCUCAACCAGACGGAGUCUCUGCUACGUGAUUCUCUUAGUCAUUGCGACUCAUAUACGAUUUAGUCGAGAUAUAAAUGUGUAAAUAUAUACACACUUAAGCGAACGAGUAAGCUCCAAGCUUCGAUUAACAUGGGUAUUACAGGGCCAUCGUGCUUUGUGGCCCGGGAGAUGAAUAUGGAGGCUGAUGUAUUUCUGCUGCGGCGUAGCGAACGUUUCAAAAAAGGUUUACGAAUAUUAAAAAAUAAAAAGAAAGUGCAAUAACACGCCGCCAUUGACACACAGGUUUUUAUGCAUGCCUGUUUCAUUUUGCAAAUCUCAUCAGAUUGGUGACUGUUCACGAGUUUCGGUUUUGCAAGCGAAGGAUGGUCACCGAACAACGUAAAACAGCAUGCGGUGGUUUAAAAAGUCGUAGCACUUUCUAACAACGUAGCCUAUAGGUGUGCGAUGAUCAAAUGUAGAUACGUGUUCGCUUUUGGGAUGCAAAAUAUGUGGCAACUUUAUAUGUUGUGGUAAGUGCAGAUGCAAACAGACCUCUACAAUUCAUUGUUUUGAAUUACUUUUAAUUCUUUUUUAUUAUUAUUAUUGGUUAGUGUUUAAAGACGAAUGUGUAUGUGUGUGUUUGCAGUAUGCAUUUUGUAAGCUCUGGCUCUUUGUGCUGUUUAGUUAGUAUCGAACGGCUGAAGUUGAGAAAGGCAUACUUGGGAUUUUGUAGCAGUUUACCUUGUUGGAGGAUGCAGGUCAAGUCACAGAGAAGGUAGUGGUUGUGAAGCUAAACAUCAUUGCCAGAUCAGUAAUAAUACCGUCAUUCAGGAAUGACACUACAGUAUCAAGCAAAUCAGUCUUUUAGUGGUGUCUUAUUAGUGCAAGAAGAAUCUGCAACUAUCAAAGCUUUUAGUUCCCUACAGUGACGUCUUGUCUGAAAGCGUAAGGGUUCAUUGGGAUAUGCAGUAAUACUUGCACAUUUGCCGCUUCUGGACUUUUUUUGCGCUUUAUGCACUCGCUGUGGAAGAUUUAGGUCAGAAAUUGUGAGAUUUGUGAAGUUAAAGUUCACUGGAGAUGUUUUAAUGACUCGCCUUCAUGUCACUUGACUCCUGUUGUUUUAAUCAUAGCGCAUUACUUACAGUGAUCAAUUGUGAAGCUUCAAGAUCAGAUUUUAAACAACUGAUACUAAAUGUGGUCUUUUCCAAAGUUCUUAUGGUAGUUUUGUGCAAGAACUGAAAUUAAAUCAAAGGGAUUAGCUCUAAAAUCUCAUUUGUCUUCAUAUUCAAAACUGUUUUUUUUAAACUUCCCAGGUUCUGCAGGUUGCAAUGUCCUGAAUUCUGAUAGCCAAUCUUAAGCCAAUUGUAAUCAAUUGUUUUGGUUCCAUUUGGAAUUUUCCCAACCAGCGCAGAGCCCGUGAGACUAGAGUGACUUGCCCUGCCAUUCAAAAAUUCUAAACUAUUUUUGAAGUGAUUAUAACUUUCUGGUUCUUUUUCUGCCACGUGAUAAAGUUUUUCUAGAUGUAGGUCAAGUGAAAUAAGUUAAAUGUCACUCUUCUGAGUUUACGUGUUAAAGAACAUCCACUUAUUUUGGAAAUUGCUUAUUUUAACUUAACUCCCCUAGUUAAGUUGAGUUGAGUUUUUGGGUCUGAUGGCAGCACUUUUAGCUUAGCUUAGCAUAAGUCAUUGACCUUUAGCAUCUCGCUCAAAGAAAAAAAAAAAGAAAAGAGAUAAUUUUCCUAUUUAAAGCUCGACUCUUCUGUCAUUGUUUACUAAGAUUGACAGAAAUUGAAAUGUUACUAUUUUCUAGAUUAAUAUGGCUAGGAAUAGGGAUGGGUACCGAAACUUUAUUAGCACUUUAUCCGUGCUAAAUUAUAAAAGACAGAAUUAUCGAUUAGCUCUGACGUUAAUGGUUCUGCUAUCGGUACUGGAGAAUUAUUGCUGAAUAAACAUUACUUACAGUAGCAUAAUUUAACUGACCAACCUUUUCUAAUUUGCGAUAUUUGAUAUUCGUCUGCACAGUUGGCAAUCUCACAUGAGAAAUGCUCGUGAUUUCGCCCAAUAGUACAACGGUGAGCAUGUCUUCACAGUGUGCGCAUUCAGUGGAGGCUUGGGCUAAAGCUUGAUUUAUACUUUCGCCUGGUGCCACAUCGCGGACGAGGAUUUUAUACUUGCCGCUUUCGCCGUUGUGAUAUUCUUUAAAAUGACAGAGGGCGGUCAAAAGAAACUGACGGUAAAAUCAGAUGGAUAAAUAGAGAAGUAGAAAGUUUCGGGAAUUAAGUCAUAUCAUUAAUAUCGUUCAGUGUUUUUAAACUAAUUAUUUUAAUGAUUAUAAGGAUUUUUAUAACCAUUCAAGAUUUUUUUUUAAAUCAAACUUUGAUGCAUCACUUGCAUUUGUUCAUAUUUUGGACAGUUUUACAUAUUAAAGUUUAUUAAAAUAUUAAUGACAGGCUUAAGCGCACACACAUAGCUCGUGACACAUCUCGUAAGCUUGCAGAGAGAACCAAGCGGGUUGUAUUUCCCAAAUGUACAGUGACAAUGCCCAUUGCAAAAAACACAACAAGUUGUUUUCUUGCAUAAGCGUAUACGCAAGCAGUCUGACUAUGCAUCUUUCAAAAGUGCAUUGACUGCAGAAAAACAAAUGAAAAGUUUUUGAGUGCCUAGCUAAAGAUACAUCAUCCACAUCGUUAUGCUAGCAGUCAAUCACAUAAAGUCUCUCUAAAUUAACAUAACAUUUAUAAAACAGUAUUUUUUUCUGCAGUAGCCUAGAUAAAUCUUAAACACUAAAAUUGCUUUUACAUUACUGUAUUUACAAAUAUAGCCUAAUAAUAAACUAUGCUUAAGACAUUAUAACAGCUUAUUUUUACAUUGUUAACUCCCAAAACACUGUUAACUCAUUUGUGUGAAUGAAAAAUCUUAAACAUUUUCUGAUUAUUUAACUACAUUUUGCAACUCUAAGAGGGUAUUUUCAAGUGCAGGGAGCACAAUAAACCAAGAAAGAUUCUGACUUCUGCCAGAAAAGGCAAACAUGUUGAUUUUACUCCAGUAAAAUUUUACUUCAAACCAUAGUACAUUUUUUACAGGAUUUUUUAGAAUUUGUUUUACAAUUAUUGUUUUUGUUUUAUUUUACAUUUAAAAAGUAAUCCUAAAAUAAAGUGUUGUUAAUGCCGUUCAAUUUGUUUUUGUUUUUUCAUGAAAAACGUACCAAUAAGAGAACCGUUAAAGUACCAAACCGAUAAGUGGUAUCGAUAAAAGUAGUAAUACUGUUAAAACCUUAAUGAUACCCAUACCUAGCUAGGAAUGAUACUCUUAUUCUGGUGGAAUGACCAAGGAACUUUACAGCUUUACCAUGGUUAUUAUGCAGUGCCUGAAAGUAGUGCCCAAUACUGAGCAAUUAAAAAUAGCUACUUUUUAUUUUAUGCCAGUCUUGGUACACAAUGUAACUACAGAAGAGUCAAGGGCUCUUCUACAGGUCUAGCGGGAGCACUUUUAGCUUAGCUUAGCAUAAAUCAUUGAAUUAGAUUAGACCAUUAGCAUCUCAAUUAAAA